AUGAAGGAUGAAAGGUGUGUUUUUAUAAUAUUACCAGAUGUUACCAAUGAUCUUAAAGACGAAGAAGUUUUAGAAAAAUUAGAAGAAAAAAAUUUUAUUAUUUUAAAAAAAAAAAAAGUUCACUUGACAGAAAAUGAAAUAAAAGAAAUAUUCGAUUUUACACCUGAACAAUAUAAUGAUAUAAAUGAAUUUUAUGAUUAUAUAGAAAGUGGUUUGUCAUUGAUUAGUUUAAUAGAACAUAUAGAAGGAGAUACUAUUAGUAAAUUAAAUUCUUUAACUAAAAGUACUUCUAUAUUAAUAAAAGAUGAGAAAUACUUUGAAUGCUUAGAAUAUCAGUGCAAUUUAAAGUGCAAAAACGUUCCCUUUUAUUAUAGUAAAAAUGAGUGGUAUUUUAUCAGAGAUAUUGAUUUUUUUUUUCCAUCAUAUGACAAUAUAUGUUUGGAACGAGCCUUAGUCAUAUUAAAACCCGAUGUUGUGGAAAUGAAUAAGAUGAAUGAUAUAGUUAGUGAUAUAUUAAAUUUUGACCUAUUAAUAGUAGCUAUAAAAAGAGGAGUGUUGUCUGUAGAAAGAGCAAAGAAAUUAUAUAGUGAUUUGGUUGAUAAGCCUUAUUACAAUGAUUUGAUUGAUUUUAUGACAUCCUCAAAAGGAAUAGUUUGUUUAGUAAUAGAAGGUCUUAAUUGUAUAAGGAGGGCACACAUUUUAUGCGGACCAUCUUUUUCUUUAGUCGAUUUUGAACAUAUGCCAAAUUAUUGUUUGAAGAAGAAAUAUGGAACUAACCAACUGAAGAACGCUGUACAUAUUUCUAAGGAUGAUAAUGUAGAGAAGGAAAUAGAUCUAUUUUUUGGAAACGAAAAUUUUAAAAGCGAGAAUGGAAUUAUGAUAGUUAAGGAAGGUAUAUUGGGAGCAGAUGGUUUCAUGAGAUUAAGAGAGUAUUUGAAUAUAUAUGGAUUUCAUAUAUUGGAAGAGAAAAUGAUUAGGAUGAGAAAAGAUGAAAUAAAAAGUAUAUAUGAUAUGAAUGAUAUAAAAUAUUUAAAUGACCAUUCAGGAUUUCAAGAAAAUAUGGGGAAUAAUAAUUUGAUAGAGGAAGAUAACUUUAUAAUUAUACUAUUGUCACGAAUUAAUUGUCAGACAUGUUUGCAUUACUUAAAAUGUUUGGAUAUUAUCAAGAAAUGUGAAAAUAGGAAAUGGAAUAAUAUAAAAUUUUCAUUUGCUAUAAAUAAUAGUGAUAAAGACAAAUUUAUUUCCCUUGAAAAAAAAAGUGGAGACAUUAUAUAUGUGUAUGACAUAAAAAAAGUGAAUGAAUUAAUAAAGAAAUAUUUUAUUUUUGAAAGAUAUAAUGAAAGGAUUACAAUUGACAUGGUAAAGAAUUUUUUAUUUUGUAAAAAUGUUACAAGUAAAAUAUAUAAAGAUGAAGAGAAUAUAAAAUUAAGCAAUGUACUUAUGGAAGGAUUAAGCAGAAUAUGUGAAAAGAAGCCUAUGAAUAAUUCAGCUGUUUUUUGGUUAUGUAAAUGGAUUAAACAAAGAGAAAAAGAAAUUAAAAAUAAUAUUAAGAUAGAAGAGGAAUUAAAAAGGAAAGAAGAUAUGUUGAAUUUAGAAACGAAGAAGAAAAAAGGAAUGCAGAGAAGUGAUACUAUGGAAGUGGAUAAUUUUAAUAAAUCUUUAAAGUUAUGUGAUGAAGAUAAGUUGAUAAAUGUUUAUAAAAAAAAGAAAAUUAUAAUUAUUCCGGACAUAAAAGAAGAUAAUAUUGAUUGUUUAAAUGAAAACGAUAAUUAUGUUGAAAGAGCAAAAUCGGAAAUAAUAAAAUAUUUUGAAAAAUUAAAUUAUGUGCAUUUAAAUUUUAAUGAGCUUUGUUCAAAAGAAGAAAAGAAAAAUUCUCUCUUAGGAAAAAAAAUUGAAUAUACCAAAAGAAAAUAUAAGCAACUAACUGUUGAUUUAAUAAAACGUAUAUUAAAAGAAAAUUUAGAGAGGAAUAAAUUAUAUUACAAAUUUAUAUUGACAGGAUUUUCAAAUAUUAUUGAUACGUCUUAUUUGACCAAGAAUGAUAUAAUACAAUGUUCCUUUUGUUUAAUAAUAAAAAGGGAAGUUAAAGAUAAAAUUGGAGAAGAAAAAAGUGGAGAAGAAAAAAGUGGAGAAGAAAAAAGUGGAGAAGAAAAAAGUGGAGAAGAAAAAAGUGGAGAAGAUAAAAUUGGUGAAGAUAAAAUUGGUGAAGAAAUAAAUAAAAAUGAAGAGAUAAAUAAAAAUGAAGAGAUAAAUAAAAAUGAAGAGAUAAAUAAAAAUGAAGAGAUAAAUAAAAAUGAAGAAAUAAAUAAAAAUGAAAAGAUAAAUAAAAAUGAAGAAAUAAAUAAAAAUGAAGAGGAAUAUAUUAUUAAUAAUAAAGAAAAGUAUCUUUGUUUUUUAAAAUAUUUCCAUGGUAUAGAAAGAGAUAAUAAUUAUAUUAUGCCCUUUUUGAAUAAAGGCAAAAUAUUGAUAUAUAGAAAAUCAAAUUUUGAGGAAUGCAUAAAAAAUUUUGAAAACGAAGUAUUUCUUUUUUAUGGAAUAAAGAAAAAAUAUUUAAAGAAUAUAAUUACUUAUUUGAAAGAGUUUUAUAAUUUUUAUUUUAUAGAUCACAUGAAAUGGUUAAGAGAAGAAAGUGAAAAGAAAUUAAAAAAUAAUGAAUGUAAUGAAAAUAUAGAUGAAUAUUUUAUGUCUAUAUCAUUUUUUUCUUAUGUUAUUGAAAAUUGGAAAACAUUGAUAAAUAAGGAUUAUAAUAAAAAAUUUAUUUUGUGUAAUUAUCCAUAUAAGAUAGAGCACAUUGAAAUGAUUGAAAAUAUAUUGAAUGCAAGAUUGUUUAUAUUUUAUUUUAAGAAUGAGAGGGAUGAAAAUGUGAGUUAUAUUAAGGAGGGUGAUAAGAUACUAGAGGGAAUUGCUCAAGGUAAUGAUAAAAAUGAAAUUUAUGAUGAUAGAAAUAAAAUUUAUGAUGAUAGAAAUAAAAUUUAUGAUGAUACAAAUAAAACGUAUGAUGAUAAAAAUAAAACUUGUGAUGAUAAUGAUAUAAGGAGGAAAAGAGAAAGAAAUAAAUACAUAAAAGGAGAAAAAAUUCCCCAUACAUUAAUAAACAAUUUAAUUAAUAAAGUUAAAAAGAAAGAUAUGACAUAUAAAAAAUAUGAUGAGGUAAUAAAUAAAAGACAAGUGUUUACAUUUGAUGGUUCAAAUAAAGAUAGUUGUGAAUAUGUAGACGAAAUAGAAAAUUUUUUCGAUAGCAUAAUAAAUGUAGCUAAAAAAAAGGUUAUCUUAAUAUGUAAUAUGACAAAUAAGGAUAUAAAAUUUAUAGGUUUUUAUUUACAAUAUGAAUAUCCGAAUAUGGUUUUUUAUGAUUUAAAUAGUGAUGAUAAUAUGUCUAAGUUUUUAAAGAAUGAUAUUAAAAAUGUGAUGGAAGAAGAUGUACAUUAUAAGGAUAGUAUAUUUAAUAAAAAUAAAGACAGUAAGACAAAUAUAUUAAUAAAUAAAAUGACAAAAUUUAUAUCAACUAUUAAUGCAAAUUAUUAUGUUUUUUCUAAUUUCCCGACUAAUUUAAAUUUUGAGGACUAUGAGAGGUUACAUUUAUUUUUUGAAAUAAAAUUGGUUCUAUUAAUUGUUGAGGAUGAUUUUAAUAUGAAUAAGGUAGAUCUAAAAAAAUUAGGUGAGUAUCCUUUUGGUUUUUUUUUUUUUUAUUUUUAUAAUAGGGGUAGCAUGUUAGUGAUUGGAAUAAAACAGAUGGAUGAAAUGGAAAGAGAAAAAAUAAAAAUAGAAGGGGAAGAAAUGGAAAGAGAAAAUAUUAAAAUGGAAGGGAAAGAAAUGGAGAUAGAUAAGAUUAAAAUGGAAGAGAAGGACAUGGAGAUAGAUAAGAUUAAUAUGGAAGAGAAAGACAUGGAGAUAGAUAAGAUUAAAAUGGAAGGGGAAGACAUGGAGAUAGAUAAGAUUAAAAUGGAAGAGGAAAAUUUAAACAAACAGUGUGAUAAUAUAAAAUUACAUAAUGAAGAGGCAAAAAAAGAGAAUGAAAUAGAGCCCAAUUGUAUAUACCAAAAAAAUAAAGACAGUAAGGAAUUCUCAAUAUAUCAAUAUGAUGAUGAUAUGAAGAAAAGAAUCCUGUCAAAAAUUGAAGAAUGUAUUCGACCGCGUUUAAUUUGUUAUUAUGCUGGAGAUGACUAUGAUAUAGAUCUUUUUUUAAAAAAAAGAUUAAAUAAGAAUAAUGAAGAUACCUUCCAUUUAGUAAGUUAUGAUGAUGUUAUAAAAGAUUUCAUGUCUAUAAUUAUAGAUCAAGAAGAGGGAAUGUGUAAAAACAAAAAAAUGGAUGAAACAUUAAAAACGUUGGUUGAGGAUAUAAGAAUAAGAAGAAGACUAAAAAAAAAUAAUAAGGAAUAUAUAAAAACGAUGAUGUAUACAUAUUAUUUAAAAUAUAUUUUGCAGAAUAAAAGUAGGUAUUUAUUUUGUAAUAUAAUAGUAUAUAAUAUUCCCCAUAAAGAAAUUAUAGAUGAAGAUAUUUUAAAGGGGAUUUCAUAUAUUAUAGAUAUUAAGAAGGUAAUUCAUUUUGUUUAUUAUAUAGAGGAGGAAAGUUAUGAUGCUUUAAAUGAUGAGAGGAUAUAUUCAGAUUGUAUGAAUGAGCACGUUUCUUCUUUUAUGUUAGAAGAGGUUUGUAUUGACAAGGUGGAAGGAAUAUCAAGUGAGGCCAAAAAAUUAGAUGUGGAAAAUAUAUCAGAUGAUGAAAAUGUAAGAAUAAGUGGAGAAGACAAUAUGUUAAUUGAUAGGAAUAAUACAAAUGAUAAUAUAGAGAAGGCAAAGAUAUAUGAUGGAGAUGAAAAGAAGCAGAAGAGUUUGAAGGAUAAUAAAAAAAAAAGAAAAAUGGAUGAAUAUAAUAAAGAAUUAAAAAAGAAUGAGAAAAUAUUUUUAUCAAAAUAUAAAGAUAUUGAGAUUAGCAGAAUAUAUAUAGAUAAAGAGUUCCCAUGUAAUAUGUUAAAUAUAUAUUGUCCUAAAAUAAUUAUUUUAUUUAUACCUCAAAAUAUAUAUUUACAAUUAUAUAUAUCCUCUUUGAUAUGUUUACAUUUGAAGAAUUAUAUAUCUAUUAAUACAGCUAGCUUGAUAUAUGAGAUAAAAAUAUUGGAAAGGAUGAAGAAAAAAAUGGUAUAUAUAGAAAAGUGUAAGAAAGGAGGGGAGUUAGAUAAUGAAGAUCGAUAUAUAUCUGAGAUUAUGAAUGAAAAAGGGAUGAUAAGAAAAAUAUAUAAUUAUAUAAUGAGUAAGAUAAAAUAUGUGGAUAGAAAUAUAUUAUUAUGUGGUUUUCCUAUAUUUCUUAGAAAGAGUUAUUAUAACAACAAGAGUGAUUAUUUUUAUCAGUUUGAUUUUUUAAAAAAAUUUAGAAUUGAAGCAAUCAUAUCUUUUCUAUUCGAUGAUACAUAUUUCGAACAGAUAUGUAAUGUUAAAAAUAAUAUGUGUGUUGAAAGGUAUAAGGAAAUAUUAAAUUUUAUGUAUAAGGAAUAUCGUAACAAAUGUAUGAUAUUUUAUGAAACCAUAAGGAAUAAUGAUGAUUUAAAAAAUGUGCUUGAGAAGUUGAGGAGUAAUUUAUAA